AUGGUGUACGGCAGGUUGAAUGUUACAACAGAUGUUUGCAGUUUGCACCAUCAGAUGCCAAAUAUGCCUGACACCGACGAACCAUUUGAAUGCCGCGAGUUAUUUGAUUCUUCUGGAGCACUUCUUCCCGAUUUGCUUCAAAAUGAUGUUUCACCAAAUGGGAGGCGAAACAUAUUAAGUUAUGUUAUAUUAUGUAGAAAUGAGCGGGGCCACUUAAUAGUUACCCUAAUUGUCAAUGCAAAAACCUUUGAAACAUUUGCUCUUCCAGCCGGAUUGAGCAUCAAAAUUAGGUCCUAUUCCGAAAAAGCAAAAGACAAUAAUUACUUCAAGCAGGAGAAGGCUCUGAAUGGGAAUUGCCUUAUUAUUCUCCAACUACACUUUUCUCCUACUAGACUUCGAGUAGUCAACAUUGUAGCAUUGAUAAGAACGGAAGAAGGAAUCGAGGUAUCUAAGGUGACCAAGCAGCCAUCAGAAAACAAAAAGCAUGUGGCGAAUAAAGUGCAUAUUAGAAGCAAAUCAAAACGAAAGACUGAAACUUCUGAAUGGGAAGAUAAUCAUUGUUUCGUUUGUAAAAGUCCUGGAUCUCUUAUUUUGUGUGAUAGGGAAGGAUGUAUAAGAGCUUACCACAUUCGUUGCCUAGGGCUAAACGAUGUACCUGCAGGAGAUUGGAUGUGUCCUUGGCAUUUUUGCAGUAGCUGCUCUUUGGAAGCUUAUUGUUUUUGUUCAAAUUGUCCAAUUUCGUAUUGUCGAAAACAUGUACCAUCAGGCCUACUGAUACGAGGCAGAUCAUUUAGAUGUGGUAAUUGUCAGAGACCUCAUGAGGCUUGCCCUUCAACAGAACCUUCAGAAAGUCCAAAUUCAUUGGUUGCAUUAGUGAGCCAGAGCUCCUCAGCUCCAUCUCUGAAUCAGUAUCCAGGUGAACUAACAUUUAAAUAUGAAUGCGAUACCAGUUGUCAACAGAAAUGCUUUCGUGACUCUGCGAAUUGCAGUGGUAUUGGGAGAAAUUUGUCUUCGAUCUUCAAAAUCUCAAAAUCAUCAGAAAAUAAAAAGCAUGUGAUGAAUAAAGCCCCUAUUAGAAGGAAGUCAAAACAAAAGAUUGAAACGGACGAUGAGGAAGAUAAUCAUUGUUUCAUUUGUAAAAAUCCCGGAUCUCUUCUUUUAUGCGAUAAAAAAGGAUGUAUCAGAGCUUACCACAUUCGCUGUAUUGGUAUGGAGACCAUACCAAAAGGAGACUGGAUGUGUCCUUGGCAUUUUUGCAGUAGCUGCCCUAUGGAAGCUUAUCUUUUUUGUUCAAAUUGUCCAGUUUCAUAUUGUCGAAAACAUUUACCAUCAGGCCUAAUGAUACAGCGCAAAUCAUUUAGAUGUGAUAAUUGUAAGAGACCUCAUGAGGCCUGUCCUUCAACAGAACCUUCAGAAAGUCAGAAUUCAUUGGCUGCAUUAGUGAGCCAGAGCUCAUCAGCUCCAUCUUUGAAUCAGUAUCCAGGUGAAGAACUAGCAUUUAAUUCAGAAUGUGAUAGAUGUUGCCAACAGAAAUCCUUUUGUGGCUAUGCAAAUUGCAGUGGUAUUGGGAGAAAUUUGUCUUCGAUCUUCAAAAUUUCAAAAUCAUUAGAAAAUAAAGAGCAUGUGAUGAAUAAAGCCCCUAUUAGAAGGAAGUCAAAACGAAAGACUGAAACGGACGAUGGGGAAGAUAAUCAUUGUUUCAUUUGUAAAAAUCCCGGAUCUCUUCUUUUAUGCGAUAAAAAAGGAUGUAUCAGAGCUUACCACAUUCGCUGUAUUGGUAUGGAGACCAUACCAGAAG